CACUGUAAAAAAAAAAGCAAGGUUAAAAAUACUUAAGUAAAGCACAUACCUGAGUAAUCAGUUAAAUCUAUACGAGCCAAUCAUUUGCGCUUUGUCACUUGCCACCACACCGCUGUUGAGGAAUGCAAAACACAAACAGACGCCACGCAAUUUGCCGUCGUUUGAGACGCUCUCGACGUCGUGCGGCGGCGAUCCGUCAGCGCUUUUCAAGUGCGAGACGCUGAAUCAGAGAAGCGAUUGGUAGGCCGCCACAAUCCAGUCGUUCCCGUCGGGCCAGUUGCGAGAGGGCAGAGGGAAAGGCGCCCAGGUGAAAGGAGGGACGGUGGGACGGACCCAGCCAAGCCCGGAGAGAAAGCCAAACACCCAAAAUGACCGUUGGACGAGCGCACACACAAAAAGGAUACAAUCGCACUCAGGUAAUGUUCGUUUCUCUCGCUGUCUUGUGGGUGUUGUCACCCGAGAAAGGCGGUUGACUUCAUCGUGUCGCUCGCUGGGUUGGAUUCGUGUUAUUCAUUUGCUGGCUCAACGUGGCAAAGCGGCAAGAAUCCAGGAAGCUUGAAAAUUAAUUGCACUCCGCGAGCAGCUUUCAUACCUGAAGGAUAAAGAACAACAACAACAAAAAAAAACAUUUCUCAUGGGUGGACAUUGUUGGAUUAAUUUGAAAUUUCCGGGAUACUUCCGGUCAAAGUUCACAUCUGGCUGAACUGGCAAUGACCCAGCCAGACGCCGCCUGCCCCUCCUAAAGGUCACAUGAUCCCCUGAGAAGACUUCCCGUCAGCAAUGGAGGCAGCCUCGGCGCAGUCACGUGACGCCGGCGACGCGGCGGACCUCGGUGGGUCCGUCGUCGUCAUUCAGACCCCGGCAGACCUCCACUUUUACCACAAGGUGCCACCAGACAAGGCCAAGUUCUACACGUAUGGCCCUCAGAUGCGGACAAGGCAGAAAGUUGUGAGCAACUUUUCAACAGUGACUAAGGGAGCGUCAACAGCGGCCAAACCCAGAGCUGCGCUCAAACAAGUUUUUCUCAACCAGGGAGUGUCUGAUAGGAACCUAACAGCCGAGGAAAGAAGUCAGCUGGACGUGUUGAAGCAGGAGCUGGAGACCUUCGCCGUGCCCAUCAGCCUGAAGUGGAGAUGGAGGGAGGAAAGCCACGGAAGUAUGCUGGAGAGGAACUGGACUGAGAUCGUCAACUCGCACUCAAUCAUGUCUCGAAUGCAGAGGCACCAGCAGGAAGCCAUGUGGGAGUUUGUGCUCACCGAACUCAACUACAUCAACAGACUGAUUGUCAUCAAAGAAUUGGUUAUCGCAGCUCUGGUCAACUUGCACCUUCGCGGCUUCCUCCAGGAGGUGACCCCCGAGCGGCUUUUCUCCAACCUUCCCGCCAUCCUCAGCGCACACCAGCUAUUCUGGCAGGAAGUGAUUUAUCCCAUGUUACAGGAAGUCCGCUUGACGGGCAAACCUUUUAACCCAAUGGGCUUAAAUGCGGGCUGCCUCCAGUUCCGUGAACGCUUCUCACCGUACUGCCAUUACUGUGCGGAGGAGGAAAACAGCUUCGAGUUUGCACGCCUGCAAAUGGAAAGCAACCCACAAUUCCUCACAUACGUGCAGUGGGUGGAGACCCACCCGCAGUGCGCGCGGAUGCGCAUCGGCGACAUGCAGGCCAAACCCCACCAGAGGAUCACCAAGUACGCCCUCCUUCUCAAGGCGGUGCUCAAGACCACCCAGGAACCUCGUGUGCAGCGCAGCCUGCGCGGCAUGUUAUCCAGCGUGAACACGUUUCUGGAGAGCAUCAAUGACUACCUGAGGCUGAAGGACGAGGAGGCGGCGCUCUCGCUCUCCGCUCAGAGGCUGGAGGGAUACGAAAUGGAGGGAAUAAGUGAGGAAAUUGACAAGCAUGUCCGAGAGAUUUGCCAGUUCGACCUGACGUGCCCCAUCGUCGGGGUCGGUCACGGCAUCGUCCGCAAGUUGCUCCUGGAAGAGAACCUGAAGGUCCGUGGCAGGAAAGACAGCAAGCUGGAGGUGGUGGCUCUUCUCUUCACUGAUGUGCUUCUCAUGGCCAAAGUGCAAAAGAAAACCGAGCGACUGAAGGUGGUUCGGCCCCCUCUGGCCUUGGACAGAACGUACUGCAUUGCAUUGAAGGAUAACUGUUCCUUUCUUCUGGUGGAGGUCGGGGAGCUUUGGUGUCCUGUCAAUGUCUACAUAUUCACAGCCGGUACCUCGGAAAGUUGCUCCAGUUGGGUGUCCGCCGUUCAUCAGGCAAAGGUGAUACUGAGGACCAUGAGGGAGGGCGAGAGUAGGCAGUCGUCGGUAAAAAAAAGAUCCGCCGCGGUUGACGAGACGUACGCGCUGAUCUCAGAAGAGGAAGACUUUUCGGACCUCACCCCCCGCAAACAGGAAGUCUCUCAGUUGGUAAACGGCGCCCAUGCAUCGAAACAUGCGUCGGAAAAUCCCCACAAGCACUUUGAAGUCUUGCCUCAGAAAUUUGUCCUCAAAGACUUUGGCUGCAGAGGAGGAGCGGAAAGUAUGAUCCAUCGAGAGAAGAAAUGGAGUCCGUCGUCGAAACCGAGCGCCCAAUCUGUGCCAAAUCUGAACGAAGCCCACAUGCGUGCAGAUGUCAUCAACCCGUUGCGACGCGUCACGAGCAGACCCAAUACUCUGGUACCAGGUGGCUAUCCGGAUGUUGACUACCCGACAGAUGAGAUGACCACUUCGCCGGUUCCCGGCCAAAGACGACCAUCCGGGAAGGGGACCGCGUUACCGGCAAAUGCCAGGAUAGUGAACUCCCAAUCCGUCAAUUAUUCCAGGGAGAAAAACCACAAUCCUGCAACCUUUGGCGGCUCGGCGGAGUCCAAAGGCUUCGCAAAAUCUUUCAGGUCUCCGGUUUUACAAAAGAGGAGGACGGACAAUGGCCACCAAGGCCUCUCCGCGCGGUCGGCAUCCAACAACUCGUCCUCCAACUCGGACUCUGACUGCAGCGUGAAUCCAAAGAGCUCCAAAUCUCACUUUGUGCUGAAGCUGGGCGCCCUGAAGCCCACCAGGGGCACUUUUUGGAACAGCGUUCCGAUCGCGUCGCCGGACACCGAGAUCUUUUCAGAAUCUGAACUGACGACCCGUGACCUUCAGAAUAAAAAGUCCAGACUGAAAACCCAGAGGAGCGCGUCCAUUCCCAACAUGUCAAGUCAAGAGGAGCAGCGAUUCCACUUUCCGGAUGGCCCCGUCGGCAUGUCGGCUUCCGCGGCGUCUCUCGAGGAUCUUCUCCAGCGGGCCAAAGGUCGAACGAGAGACGGGGAAACGGUAAAGAGCCGGAAGCUUCCUGCGUCUCCUUUGACGUCCCCGUCGCCAUCGCGCUCUGCGAGUGACGUCGACAGAGACGCCGAAUGGGAGGAGGAGGUGCGGCUGCGGAGGCCUCGAGUCCUCACGGUGAGUCGAGGAUGGAAGGAGCAGCUGGUGGAUGGCGACGGCAACGACAGGCUGGACAGUCCAGUCCCUUCGAACGGCAUCAACGUGGACUGGCCCGGCUGGUGCUUCGAUGACGACGACGACAACGAGCUGCAAGAGGAUUCGGCGCAUCGAAGGACCCCAGGAGUCCUGGAGGACAUCAAUCAGUCUUUGAUCUUGUGGCAUCUUUCCGAGCAGGAAGACAAUUUUUGCAGCCAGGUGUGAACUUGACCGCUCCUUGACAAAUAGUCAUGACGACACGUCUGACAUCACAAGCACCAUUUUUGCUUUUUUUUUUUUUUUUUUUUUUUUUUGCCACCUUUGCAUUUUGGGGCAGAAUCACACAGUUGUCUGUCUUGGGUAUGAAUUCAUGUAACUUAUUUAUGUAGGUAAUAUAAAUCGUGCUUUUGCUGUUAUUGUGUAAAUAGAUUUUUAAAACUGAUGUACGACAGUAUUUUUGUACUAGUACUCAUUUCCAAAACAGUUUAAUUUUUUUUUUUUUUUUUUAUUGUGGAAUAAAAGAAGACACACACA